AUGGAGCGCUUUGCCUGUGUUCCCUAUCGUUUGUACCCAGGAUAUGGAGACCUGAUACCUUUGGGCCAGCCUGGAUUCCAGCCUGACUGGAGGCAAAACAUGGGUCCCUCCACUUUCCUGGCCAGAACAGGGCUUUUGGUGCCUGCGAAUAUUCCCUCAUACUAUGUGGACCCUUACAGGAGGGUGCAGUGUAGGGCUAUACUUUCCCAGAUGAACCCCAACCUCAACCUGCUGCUGGGCAAAACCAACACCAAGGAGAUGGGAGUGCAGGUGAGUCCUCGAGUGGGCAAAGCUGUACAGUGCUUGUUGGGGCCUCGCAACUCACACAGUGGCUGGAAUCAGAAGACGCCCCUGCCAUCCUGGAGGGUCUGUUGCCAGACCAUCAGCCACAGGAACUUAUUCAAGCGGUGGAAGAAUGAGGACAGCAGAGAGAAGAAGGUGCUUCCAGGUCCUGCAGAAAGCAAACAGCAGCAGUCAUCAGUGCCAAGGGCGGAAGAAGACCAGCAGGAGCAACUCUGGUAUUGGAAUAAAAUGGGGGAGGAAGAUGCCAAGGGGUCUCCAGAAUGGAAGAGCGAGCAGCCACAAGGAGAUGCCUCCCAGCGUCUUGGAAGAUCCAACUUCCAGUUUUUGGAACCAAAAUAUGGCUAUUUUCUUAAAGAUUGUAAGACCAGAUGGGAGAGUGCUUAUGUGUGGUGCAUAGCUGGAACCAAGAAGGUGUAUUUCAAACAACUCUGUUGCAAAUGCCAGAAGAGUUUUAACCCUUAUCGAGUAGAAGCAAUCCAAUGUCAGGACUCCCCCUAUCCAGGCCUUUCUCUGUUACCCAGACUUACUCUAAGGUCUCUGCGAGCUGUAGUGUGGUUCAGGCAGAGUGACCCCCACGUGGGGGCAGAAAGGAUUCUCUUCUCCUUGGAGAAGGGGCUGCAGGGGCGCUUCCGAACCCAGAGGAAAGCUCGUGUGACCUAUUUUAAAGAUCCAGGAUUUAGAGUAAUCCAAGACGCCUUUAAUCAUGAACAGAUUGUGUCUGGGCCUGACCUGGACUCGGUCCUGACAGUGCAUCAUAUUCGCAUCCGGAUUAUUCUCCCUCGUCAUGUUGCUCAGUAUGAUAAAGAGUUGCCUCAGGAAGUGGCAGAAAUUGUAAAGGAAACAAUUAUUCAACCUAAACCAGAACUCUUUGAGUUCCGUGCUGGAAUAGAAAGACUGUUGAAGGAAACAACUGAAAUCUCAAAACAUGAAAGUGAUAGUGGGACUCUUUCUCUAUCAGAGAUCACUGAGGUGACCAAACAAACCUCUCCUCAAAUUCAUCCUGAGGAAAUGAAAGAAACCAGAGAGAAGUCUGAGGCUCCAUCCAUAACCGAAAAUGCUUUUGAUGCCGGUUUUGAGAAACUCCUUGAAGAAAUAUAUGGAUCUCCUUCUUAUCAGCCCCAAGUGUCCAUGAAGAAAGAAACAUCUAAGAAGAGACUUUCAUAG